CCCGGCCAUGCCCUUCCACCAGAGGACCGUGGAGCCCGCGCGGCUGCGCCAGCCGGAGGCUGCCGGGGCGGCGGGCGCGCCGCUCUUCCGCUCGCUGGAGCAGGUCAGCUCGCACGCCCUGGUCUGCCUGCUGGAGCAACUCGCCGACCUGUCGCGCUGCGCCGGGGACAUCUUCGGCGAGCUCGAGGGACAGGCGGCCGCCCUGGGCCGCCGUACCGCAGCGCUGUACCGCCGCCUCGACGCCCUGCACGCCGCCACCGCGCGCCUCGACCACCGCCGAGUGAAAAUCCCUGUUUCCAACCUAGAUGAGGAGAGUCGAUGGACAGUCCACUACACUGCUCCAUGGCACCAGCAGGAGAAUGUGUUCCUUCCCACCACAAGACCCCCCUGCGUAGAGGACCUGCACCGCCAAGCCAAGCUCAACCUCAAAUCAGUAUUGAGGGAAUGUGAUAAGCUGCGGCAGGAUGGCUACCGGAGUUCUCAGUACUACUCCCAGGGACCCACCUUUGCAGCCAACUCCAGUCCAUUCUGCGAUGAUUAUCAAGACGAGGAUGAAGAACCAGAUCCAAAGUGUUCUAUCUCUUCGUCGGAAGAGGAAAGACUUUCUACCAGGAGACCUAAAACGCCAACCUCAAGUGACUUCUCUGACUUUAAUACUCAAACCAACUGGACCAAAUCACUUCCCUUGCCAACACCGGAAGAGAAGAUGCGACAGCAGGCCCAAACAGUCCAGGCUGAUGUAGUUCCUAUUAACAUAACUGGGGAGAAUUUCGAUCGCCAGGCCAGCCUUCGGCGGUCUCUAAUUUACACAGACACUCUGGUAAGACGACCGAAGAAAGUCAAAAGGAGAAAGACUAUUACAGGAGUCCCUGACAGCAUACAGAAGGAGCUAGCUUCGGGGGGCACUGGCCAAGAUGAUGUCGGUGGCCACUCAGUGGACACCCCAGACCACUACUGUACGCUUGGAAGGCUCGAUGGCUAUAGAUCUGCUGGGCAGCGCUCAGAAACCAGGGAUUCCAGCUGUCAGACUGAGGAAGUGAAAAUCGUACCACCUUCGAUGAGAAGAAUCAGGGCGCAGAAGGGGCAAGGCAUUGCUGCCCAGAUGAGUCACUUCCCAGGCUCCUCUGGGAACAUGUCUGUGCUGAGCGACUCUGUGGGUGUCGUGUUCCCUUCUCGUCUCAACAGUGACACUGGUUUCCACAGUCUCCCCCGGUCUGGAGCGAGGACAAACGUUCAGUCCCUGGAGCCACGGCUGGGUGCCCUGCGCCCUGCAGAAGACGCAGAUGAAACUCUUGCCUACCAGAGGGGUCACCUGCAAGUAGACAAAGACUUCGGACAUCUAGGAGCUGCCCCAGGGACUGGAACACUUUUGAGGCCCAAAUCCCAGGAGCUGGGGUACUUGGAGGGUGAAAACGUAACAAGCCCGGCGUGCGUAGUCUCUCCUCACACGACCUACUCCACCAGUAUCAUCCCAAAUGCCGCACUCUCCUCCUCUUCAGAGGUUAUUGUGAUUCACACUGCUCAGAGCUUAGGGCAGCUGGACAGUAAAAUUACCAGUUCGUCUUCAUACACAAAGAUCAAAUCCAGAGACCACUUCCUCUCCAGGCAGAAAGAUGGUCAUCAUUCUCCCCGUGGUAACUGGACUGAGGGGCACCCCACCAUUUUUUCACAGGCCUCAGAUCCUCAUUCGUCCAGUGCAACCACUGUGCUGUCCCUCUGUGAUUCUGCGGUCUCUCUAAAUACGCCCGCAAAUCGGGAGAAUGGGUCCCAGGCCAUGGCCUAUAAUUGUAGAAACAACCUGAGCUUCCCGGUCCACCCCCAGGAUCUGAACAGCAAGAGUGAGUCCAGUCAUUCAGGAGGCAGGGGACACGGCGGCAGCGCGGAGCCCUGGGAAUACAGUGCCUCGGGUAGUGGGCGUGCGUCCCCACGGAAGCCACAUUUGGCAACUCCUGGUUACUCCACUCCUGUAGGUAACAUGAGCAGUGGCAGUUUGGACCAGACGUCCAACAAAGAUGAUGCCAGGGCCGUGUAUCCAGAGGACCACGAUGGCUACUACACUUCUCUGCGCACCAACUCUGGACACGGACCUGGGAAUGUGUGCAAUAGCAGCGAUGGCUUUGGGAACCCGAGGCACAGCGUGGUCAAUAUUUUUGAUGGAAGAGCGCGGAAGAACCAAGGGGACCGGUCGAAUUGCCAAGACAAAAACCUUUCUCGAAACAUCUCUCUGAAGAAAGCGAAGAAGCCUCCCCUGCCACCCUCUCGGACAGACUCUCUGCGCAGGAUUCCCAAGAAGAGCGUCCAGUCGAACGGGCAGGUGCUGAACGAGAGCCUGAUCGCUUCGCUCCAGCACUCGCUGCAGCUGAAACUCCCGGGCAAGGGCGGCAGCUCGCCCUCCCAGAGCCCGUGCAGUGACUUCGAAGAGCCCUGGCUGCCUCGCUCCCGCAGCCAGAGCACAGUGAGCGCGGGCAGCAGCCUGACCUCCGCCACCACCCCCAACGUCUACGCCCUGGCCGGGGUCACACCGGCACAGAGCGACACGAGCAGCGUCAAGUCCGAGUACACAGACCCGUGGGGUUACUACAUUGACUACACGGGCGUGCAGGAGGACCCGGGGAACCCGGGCGGGGCGGGUCCAGCUGGCAGCGCAGCGUCGCCCGGAAACGGGCCAGGCCGCGAUCUCCCGGACGGGUCCAGGGCCGCGGUAGCCCCGGUGCCCGAUGGCGCAGUCAAACCAAAGAUCACAUCGCCGGAGAAGUCACACAGGGUCACUUCUCCAUCCAGUGGGUAUUCCAGCCAGUCGAACACACCCACGACUCUCACCCCUGUGCCUGUGUUUUUAAAGUCAGUGUCACCAGCCAAUGGGCGGGGGAAGCCCAAGCCCAAGGUGCCAGAAAGGAAGUCCUCUCUGGUAUCUUCAGUAUCCAUCUCCUCCUCGUCCACGUCUCUUUCCUCCAGCACUUCUACGGAAGGAAGCGGAACCAUGAAGAGGCUAGAUUCGGUGCUGGCCGCUCCCCUUGCUGCGCCUCCUCUGCCCUCUCUCCCAUCUCCCUGUCCCAGGGACAAGUCUCCUUUCCUCCCUCCUCCCCCUCCACCGGCAGAUUUCCCCGAGGGCUCGCCUCUGCCGGACUCUCCCCUCUUCCCCACUCCACCGCCAGAAGUUCUCACGCCCUUCUGUCCCCCCACCAACGCCUUCUUUCCUCCGACACCUACAGCACUCAGCCCCCGUCUUCUGCACUCAUCUGCCUCCCUGCCACCUCCACCACCUGCCUUCCCCCCCUCGGUGCCCCCGCCUGCCCCACCGCUUGACCCCAAAUUGAUGAAAGAUGCCAGGCCUUCUUUCAAAAAAGCUGGCCAGCCAGAGCCCUCCCGGGAGGCCUGCAGGCAGCCUUCCACCAAGGAGGAGGGCGGUAGACCCCCCAUGCCCCUGAUCACCACGGAGGCGUUGCAGAUGGUGCAGUUGCGGCCGGUGAGGAAGAACUCAGGAACCGAGGUAGCACAGUUACGUGAACAUGCAUCUCAGGAAAAACGAACUCCGGUUGUUCCCCAGUAUCAUGUAAAGCCAUCUGCUCUCCUGAAAUCCCGAAAUAGCAUAAAUGAAAUGGAGAGUGAAAGCCAGCCUGCCUCCGCGACAAGCUCGCUCCCGACUCCUGCCAAGAGCUCGACUCAGGGUCACCGGGACAGUGUAGCUGAGCGUGGCCUCCCGAGCCGCAGCCCGGGCCAUGCCGGGGAGGCAGAGGCCGGACCCGGGACCGCCCCGCCCCAUGAACCCCCCAGUCCGUCGCCCAGCAGGAAGCCCCCCCCUGUUUCCAAGAAGCCCAAACUGUUUCUGGUGGUGCCACCUCCGCAGAGAGAUUUCACGGCGGAGCCCGCAGAGAACGUGAGCAAAGCGUCGCCCAGCCCCACGAGAGGAGAGGCACAAGAGAAGUGUGCAGCCGGGGCUGGUUCCGAUGAGACCGACUCUGGCAGCUCGGUUCUUGCGGGAGGAGCUUCAAGAUCUGAGUCCCCGGGCAGAGUGGAAGCCAAUGUCCCCAUGGUGCAGCCCGAUGCCUCGCCAGCCCCCUCGCGGGAGGAGCCGGGCGCCGAGCGCUGUGCGGACGCCGGGGACAACGUGGAGAGCUGUUUGUCUCUGCAGGACCCAGGGCCUGGGGUACCGGAGGCUGACACAGCCGGUUCUUCCUCAGAGGCCUGUGACUUCUGUAAGGAAGAUGGGAGUGAUGAGGUGAUGACCCCCAGUAGACCCCGGACCACGGAAGACCUUUUUGCAGCUAUUCACAGGUCUAAGAGGAAAGUCCUUGGCCGUAAAGAUUCCGAUGAUGAUCACUCCCGAAACCAUUCUCCCUCCCCGCCAGUGACACCCACUGGUGCUGCCCCCAGCCUGGCCUCCCAGAAGCAAGUGGGAUCGAUUCAGAGAAGCAUCCGGAAGACCAGCACCAGCAGUGACAACUUCAAAGCUCUGCUGCUGAAAAAAGGGAGUCGGUCAGACACCAGUGCCCGCAUGUCCGCGGCCGAGAUGCUCAAGAACACAGACCCCAGAUUCCAGAGGUCAAAGUCGGAGCCUUCGCCGGACACCCCCGAGAGCCCAUCAAGCUGCUCCCCGAGCAAGAACAGAAGGGCCCAGGAGGAGUGGGCCAAGAACGAAGGCUCGAUGCCGCGGAGUCUGUCCUUUUCUGGCCCCAGGUACGGCCGCAGCCGAACUCCGCCUUCCGCCGCCAGCAGCCGGUACAGCGUGCGGAACCGGAUCCAGAGCAGCCCCAUGACCGUCAUCUCAGAGGGCGAAGGGGAAGCCACGGAGCCCGUAGACAGCAGGGCUCUCCGGCCCCUGGGCGCUCUGAGGGGACGUUCGCUGGAAGCACUGGUGGGGGACGGAGUGGGUGAGGGCAGCCUGCUCUGUGCAGGGCAGCCCGCUGCCUCGCGGGGGGCGCAGGCUCCUGGCCCCACGGAGGGGCGGCCCAGUGCAGAGGGCACGGAUCCAUCAGAACAGCGUGGAGGUCCCCAGAGGGAAGAGAGCUAAGGGCAAGAACCUCCCAGGUGACAUGGGGAGAUGUGCAGCACAGCGCUCUGGGAAGCCUGACAGGUACCCUUCCCUGCCUUGUCCACGGAUCCCGCUCAGCAUCUGUGCUGUGGGCCCGGCACGGCCGGCCCCGCAGCGGAAAGGGAGGGCUAUUUAGGACUCACUUGGCACUUGCCCUGUGGCUUAAAAGCAAGUAGAAGCUUAACUUCUAAAAGUGCUUCCUGGGGAAGAUUUUUUUUUUU